AUGGACAGUAAGGUUGUUCUUCUAAUUGAUAAUGCUGGGUCACAUUUUAAUCCAAAGCAACUUGAACAAUCUAAUGAAAACUCUACCAUUGUCAAUGAUCACAAUGAAGAAAUUAUAAUUAUCAAUGAAGAAUCAAGUUCAUGUUCUGAUGAUGAAGGACCAAUUGCAGAAUCAUCUCAGUCAUCUCAAAGAAGAAAAAUCAAUAUUGAUCAAACACAAAAAAAAAAGGGAAGAAAAACACCAAAUAUUAAUCUUACAAAUAUUAGACUUAUUUAUAUUCCUCCUAACACCACUGCACACUUACAGCCAAUGGAUGCUGGUAUCAUCCAUAGUUUUAAAGCUAAAUACAAACAUGAAUAUUGUAAAUAUUUAAUUCGCCAUUUUGAUAAUGGAACAUAUAACCAAAGAGAUAAGCUGAAUGUAAAAGAAGCUAUUUAUUUUAUUGCUGAGGCUUGGAAUGAUGUCACUGAAACAACCAUUCAAAAUUGUUGGAUUAAAACAGGAAUUCUCCCAAACAAAUAUCUUAAUGAUGAAGAAAUUAUAAGUCUUGUCCAAUUUGAAGAAAUGGGUGAAAAUGGUAAUGAUUCAUCAUUAGAUGAAGAAAUACAUUUGAUACCAGUAAAAAAUGCAAUUAAUGGUAUUGUUAAACUUAUGGAACCAAAGAUCCAAAAAAGCAUUUAUGCAUAUCUUGAAAAGAAAGAAUGCUAA